UCUAGGGCUUGUUGGAUGUGUAUACUGAUGAAGCAUUUCUGUUCCAGCUCAGUCUCUGAAGAUCUCGGUUGCAGACGUGGAGAGUUUAGCAGGAAGCAUUAUGGAUCCGUGGAGCUUCUUAUAUCUAGUGAUGCUGAUGGAGCUAUUCAAAGAGCUGGACGAUUCCGUGUGGAAAAUGGCUCCGCUGAUGAGAAUACAGGCCACACUCCAGGUACAUGGCACAGGACGGAUGUGCAUUUGGAAAAUCCAGAGUAUUAUACAAGAUGGUAUUUCAAAUAUUUUUUAGGAAAAGUUCAUCAAAAUUAUAUAGGUACAGACUCAGAGAAGAACCCUUUCUUUCUGUCUGUUGUACUUUCUGACCAAAAUAAUCAGCGUGUUCCUCAAUACCAUUCAAUUCUUUGGAGAAAAACGGGUACUCAGAAAAUAUGUCUCCCUUACAGUCCCACAAAAACGUUAUCAGUGAAAUCUAUAUUAAGCGCAAUGAGUCUUGAGAAAUUUGAGAAGGGGCCAAGGGAAAUUUUUCAUCCUGAUAUACAAAAGGAUUUAUUGGUUCUUGAAGAGCAAGAGGGAUCUGUGAAUUUUAAAUUUGGAGUCCUUUAUGCUAAGGAUGGGCAGCUUACAGAUGAUGAAAUGUUCAGCAAUGAAACCGGAAGUGAAAGUUUUCAAAGAUUUUUGCAUCUCUUGGGUGAUACGAUUACUUUGAAAGGCUGGACAGGCUACAGAGGGGGACUGGACACAAAAAAUGAUACAACAGGAACCUUUUCCAUCUAUACAGUUUACCAAGGGCAUGAAAUUAUGUUCCAUGUUUCAACAAUGCUACCAUAUUCUAGAGAGAACAAACAGCAGGUAGAAAGGAAGCGGCAUAUUGGAAAUGACAUUGUCACUAUCGUAUUUCAGGAAGGAGAAGAGACUGCUCCCGCAUUCAAGCCAUCCAUGAUUCGCUCUCAUUUUACACAUAUUUUUGCCUUAGUGAGAUAUAGUAAGCAGACUGAUAGUUACAGGCUAAAAAUAUUUUCAGAAGAAAGCGUUCCUCUCUUCGGGCCUCCACUUCCAUCCCCACCUGUGUUUACAAAUCACCAGGAAUUCAGGGAUUUUGUUUUGGUGAAAUUGAUAAAUGGGGAAAAAGCCACCUUGGAAACACCAACGUUUUCUCAGAAACGUCAGCGCACUCUAGACAUGCUGAUCCGCUCUUUAUACCAGGACUUGAUGCCUGAUCUACACAAGAACAUGCUGAACAGAAGGUCCUUCAGUGAUGUGUUACCAGAGUCCCCAAAAUCAACACGGAAGAAGGAGGAAGCUCGGCAAGCAGAAUUUGUUCGACUUGGUCAGGCACUCAAACUGAAAACUGGUGUGAAAGGGGAUACACCAGCUACCUUGGCAACUACAAGCUUUUGUAAAAAAGAGCCUUGGGAGUCCCAAUCUUUCUGCAGUAAUUUUCCUCAUGAGGUCGUCUGUGCAGAUUCUUGGGGCCAGUCCUUGCUGGUUUCUACAGAUGCUGGCGUUUUGUUAAUAGAUGAUGGUCAAACCACUGUUCAAGUAUUUGAUAAAACUCUGCAAAUAAAGCAGAUGCAUGUGUUGGAAGCUCUGGAUUAUUUGGUUGCCCGAACAGACAAAGGGAAAGACUCCCGUCUCCUUGUCUUCAGAUUGAGUUCAGUCCAAAAAGAUAUAGAAACAAAGCAGGUGAUAAGAAGCAAAUAUGACUGCAGAGAAAAUAAAUUGGAGAGAACAAAAGGCUGCCAUUUAUAUGCCAUUAAUACUCACCAUGGCAGUGAACUGAGGAUUGUUGUUGCUAUUCGGAACAAACUACUUCUCAUCACAAAGAAAUACAAUCCAUGCAACAGUUUAACAGGCAGCUCUCCAUCAUUAUCUGAAUCUCCAGUAGAGGAGUUCCAGUAUAUCCGGGAAAUAUGCCUUUCUGACCCUCCAGUGGUUAUGACGCUAGUUGAUGGACCUACCGAAGACAGUGACAAUAUGAUUUGUGUAGCUUAUCGGCAUCAGUUUGAUUUAGUUAAUGAAAGUACUGGGGAGUCCUACAGACUGCAUCAUAUUGAAGCAAACAAGGUUAAUUUUGUUGCAGCUAUUGAUGUAUAUGAAGAUGGUGAAGCUGGUCUACUGUUAUGUUAUAACUAUGUUUGCCAGUAUAGAAAGGUGAAUCCUUUUAAUGGUGGUUCUCCACUGAUCCAGCCAUCAGCUUAUGAUUUUCACUUUUGCUGGAAUCAAGUUCCUUAUGCUGUUGUCUGUGCUUUCCCUUACAUACUUGCCUUCACUACUGAUUCCAUUGAGAUCCGUUUAGUGGUGAAUGGAAACUUAGUCCACACAGCAGUUGUGCCUGAGCUUCAACUUGUAGCAUCAAGGUCGGAUAUUUAUUUUAAGGCUACUGCUGCAGUAAGCGGAUCAUCUCAUAGCAGUUCUAAGGAAAUGAAUUCAACGAGUUCCCUUCAAACACCUACAGCUUAUGACAUGCCAGAAUGUUCUCUUUCUUCUUCAGAAGGUGAAGUUACAUGUAAAAACUUGUAUAAAAUUCCUCUUAGUAAUCUGGUAGGGCGAAGCAUUGAACGACCUCUGAAGUCACCUUUGACUCCUAAAGUUGUCACUACUCCAACAUCCAGUGGCAUUACCUCUCUUCCUGUUACUCACUCACUAUCCUUAUCUCGCAUGGAAAUUAAAGAGAUUGCAAACAGGACACGUAAAGAAUUGCUGGGCCUCUUGGAUGAGCCUAUUCCCAAGACAGAAGAUGCACAGAAGCAAAAAAAGAUUCCUCGAAGACAGUCAGACCCCAAGCAGGGAGCAGUAAGAUCAACUAGUAGUGACAGUGACUUUUGUCUUCAUCUUUGCAGAAUAAUCUCAGCCUCUUUCGAAAGCUAUUCUGAGGGUCGUCAUCUUUCCACUAGUUCAGAUCCUGAUUCUGUAGCAAACAGGGAGGAGAGCUCACCAUUUAGCUAUCCAUUUCAUCUGACUUCUUUAUAUGAUGAAGACAUCAUUGACUUGAAGUGAAGACAGACAAGACUGUUCCUUACUUCACCUUUUCUUACAACUCCGUGAGCUCUGUAGGAAUGUCACAAACAGUGCUUCUAGUGGUAAAAUGUGGCUGGAAGUAUUGGUGAUUAAUCUUUAUAGGUCUCAUGUUGUUCUGGCUUGCUUAGCCUGGUUUGGUGAUGCUUGCAUCUUUGACGUCUGUAUGUUUUCUUAUUUCAGUUAAUGAACUAUUACUUUUCUGUGGUAUUUUAAAGGUAGGUAAUCAAUGAGAGCUUUAGGCUGAAACUGAAGUAAAUAAAAAGUAUUACUUAUUCUGAGCUACCUGAAGUAGGAUUCUGCAAAGUUAAUUGCUGUUACUAAUGUUGUGAGUUGUUUUACAACAGUGUGUGCAAUGCAGGAAGAAGAAUUUUGUAAUGAAAAUCACUCCUUUUGUUUUUUGUUUUUUUUUAAUCUUAAAAAAGACUAAAAAAAAAGCUUCUAGGCAAGAUCUUCUCAAACAGUGCAGUCUGUCCUUGAAAUGAUGCAGUUGUUUUUUGUUCAAUGGAGAAUCAAGAAUAUUCUAUAAAGAUCAGAUGACAUAUGAACAUGCUGUUUUCUCUGACCUGACUGUGUACAUAUUUUUAGAGGAACUUGAAAACUGUUUUGGCAUUACGAAUCUUUGAGCAGAGGGAAUUUUAUUUAAAAACAACAACAACAACAAAAACAAUUAAAAAAUCCCAAACACAAAUCUUCCUUAAAAAUUUUAAGUCAAAAUUAUACUGUAUUUCUCCAUCUAGUGUAACAAUUUUUCUGUAAUGCACCUUUAGAUUUCCUCAUUACAGGCAGAAGCCACCCCCUUAUUCUGACUAUGGAAAGAUUCCUGUGCUGGCAUCAAAAUGUGUUGUUUGCUCUUGUACCAACAGUAGAAGUCACUGCUUCAGAUAAACAUUUUUUUAAGUGGACCGGAUUAAAAUUUUACUGCUAGGAAGCUAAUUUUCUAUGAUGAAAUAGCCAUAUAAAAUCUUUUGUUUUGUUAAAGGACAAAAUUUCAUCAUUAAGCUUGAUUAUUUUUUAACCCUUCCCUCUAUGCUAAAAAGUCAACUUUAAACAAUAUUUUGAAAGAGUUUGCUGUUUUUCAUGAAAAUGUGAUGUUUUCAGGCUUUUUACACAGAAAGAUGUGGGCUUUAUUAGCAGGUAUUUCUUGCUGCUUAUGUAGACAUAAUUCUGUUCCUUGAUUUUUAUUUUUUAUUUUUUUUUCUAUGUAGUAUAUGUAAGCAUGACCAUCUGGUGAUUUCUGCCUUUUGCUUCUGCCUGUCUGAAUGUGAAACUUUUUGCAACAUUUUUCAUGCCCUGAUUAUUAUAUUAUGAUGGAUUAAUAUCUCCACCUAAGAAAAUAUGCAAGGCCAUAACUUAGAAGAAUCACUUCUUUUUCUUGAUUAAGAAAAGAAGCAAUAAUUUAAGCAGUACUUUGUUCAGGAGCAGCAGCAGUAUUAACCAGUGACUGCUCAUAUUUUUUAGUAUUUGGGUAACCAUGGAUGUGUGGGGUGAGCCUUAACAAACUUCUGAAAGGAAGUGCCACCUUAAAGUCUUUGCAGGAGCUUGUAAUUCUGUUUCAGGAUGUUUUCAGAGGCCAUAGUCAUUUACCCCAACCUAUUUAUCUUGUCAGUUGAGGUUUAAGAAGAAUUGGUCUGGAAGUAUCGUAUGGUCUUUAUCCUGCUAGAAGUAGUGAACACUUUUGUGAACUUAAUGAAUUUACUGUGCACUGUUUGCACUUAGAUAUAGAAAGCAGAAGCAUCACCUUUUUCAGUACACAAAUUUCUAAGUCUAGUACUUAAUUUCUUCUGUGUAGGUGUGUUUUUGAAGUCUGUACCAGUUCGCUGCAAAAAAAAAAUCAGGCUUGAUUUAAAAUAAUAUUUUAACUGGAAACUUUACUUAGUGAUUUUGGAAUAUCACAUCUUAAAUAUACUGCAGAAGUUCACUUCUGUUAUUCUGGCAUGAUUUAACAUGACUGAAGAACCUGAACAAACAUGUUCAGGUAUACCUUGAAAAGAUGUGGAAAGACCCUUACAGAUGGAGCACUGUAGAAGAAUAGAGAAAGCCUGACAUACCUGACCCCUGCCUAUGGUGGUAGGCAGAACGACAGAAAUUAGUAUUUGUGUCAAACCAAGAUGUUACUAUACAUAGAUGGAGUAUAAGGCAAGAAUUACUUUCUUUAAGCAGAACCACAGCAGUGCCAACAAAGAGAACCUUUUUAGUUCUGCCUGUAAUAGCAGCAUUGAUGACAUCUAGCCAAUACUAAAAAGUGGCAAAAGGAUUGUAAGGAAGACAGCAUUUACAUUUUAUGCAAGACAAAAAAUAAAAAAGACUAGCUUCAUGGUAUUUAUCUGGAACAAGAUGUUGGAAUAGUUUGAAGAUGGAAACAUAGUUCCUGUGUCAACUCACUCGUCUUAACCCUGCCUCUUCUGACCCACCAGCUGAAUUUUAUGAUAUAGCUUGACUUAAUGGGUCAACUGUUAUGUAAGUCACAUUGGAAACUACCAGACCAAAAAGAAUUAAUACUCAAAUAGGACAGGCAAGUUUUGAACAGUGGAAAAAUUACCUGUCUUCAUUCCUAAUGUAUGUAGUGCCUUAACAAUACCAUUUUUGUUUCUGUAUUUAAUCAGUAUGCCAUAUAGGCAUGCAAGAAUAAUAUUAGACCUACUAAAAGGAGAUGAAGAGGUCAGGCAGUGCUGUUUUUUUAAUAUUACUCCUAGAUGUGGUGACUAAGGCUUUAUGGUCACAUUCAUGUCAUUUAUUACAUACUUACUGUCAGAAAAUGUCCUGGAAUGUGGGUAGAAGACAGGGAAUGUGGUAGUUUUGCUUGAAUUUUGUUUGAUGCAAGCCACAAGAACCAUACUGUGAAAUUCUUUAUGACAUUUGUCUUACCCAAAAGACAAGAUAACACAUAAUGUGAAGCUGCUAGGACAACUAACAAAUAGCCACUGUACAAAGAUGUGGUUUCUGUUGGCUUGAAACUGUCAUCAGACUCUCACGCGUUAUGUGCAUCUUUGUGUGAUGAAAUGUUGUCCUCAGAACUAGCAGUCUCAAAAUAGGACUAAGUUUUAAUACAUCUGUGUAAUCUCUUGUUCUUCAGACCAAUGUCAGGUGACCCGGGAAAAUGAAAUGGCUUCCUGGAAGGCUACUUGGAAGGCUACAUAAACUAGAGCAGCUUGUUCAGUAUGUUAUUGAAUUUUGAUUCUGUUCAAGAAUGAAUAAGCAACAUUUUCAGCAACUCAUCAUGCUUCUAUUACAUUUGCUUUAUAACAUGCCUAUAAACCAUCACAACUUUGAGUAGGACUCAAGAGCCCUGGGAUGCAUUAGUUUAUUCCUUCCCACAUGCGUAAUAUGUGGCUCCAAAGGCUGAAGCUUGAUGAGUCCUUCCCAAGGUCUUUACAGCUUGGCAUUUAGGAACUCCAGAACAGAGAUAAACCUACUUGUGUUCCAGACUAACUGUACUUCUUUUCUAGACUCAGAAAUGGAAAGUAAUGAAAUCUUUCCUUCUGAGGAGAGAAAGACUGAAGUGUACGACGUGGAAGGGCUAAGUGCUCCCAAGAUGGCAAAAGAUAGAUUCUAGGUUGGAUGAACAAAUAUGAUUAAUAAAUUCAGUUGCUUGGUUUGCAAAGAACAGGUGUGACCUAUCCUGGUUACAAUUGUUUCCUAGUUUGGAGCUACUUCUUUUAAUUUGUUCUGGCUUUUUUUGUGUUGUUAUGUUUGCUUGUGAAAUGCGUGACUGGAUGUAAAGUCGCACCCAGAAUGAGUAGCAGUUCUGCUGUCUGCUUUCAUGUGACUUUCUAUAGAUAUGCAAGUAUGCAAGCAUUUGUAAUUGAUAAAUUUCAAAGUAUUUCUUGAUUCAAAGUAUUUUUGGAUGGUCGACUGAAUAAACGUUAAAACAGUUCUCAGUAAGGCAGGUAACAGGUUAGAUUGCACCGACAAGUGUAUCACUGUUAAUACACUUAAGGUUGCUGUGCCUGCCCUUUCCUGUCUGUUGUUGUGGGUGUAUUUGGAUAAGCCACAGCUUCAAACUCCUGCAGGCCUUUCUAAAAAUGUGCAUUUAUGACUUGCAUUUGCAGAUGCAAGAGCUUACCCGGAGCUUUUAGCUUAGUCUGCAUUUGAGACAUAAUCUUUUUCAGUUUGGAUGUUUUAAUGUGUAUAUAUACAUGUGUGUGUCAUACUGAAUAGUGUCAUUAUUAACAAUUUUGGUGUCACGUGCCCAGUGCUUACUAAUUCUGUAAAAGCACUUUUCUCAGAAAUCCAGGCAUAGCCUGAUUUUGUGCGGAAACAGGUUAUACUCUGAGAACUAAAUACACUGCAUUAACAAUAUGAGGAAGCUUCUGUGACAGUAUGCAGCAAGCACGCAGGAUAAAAAGUACGGAUACUGUUACUACAAUUGAGCACAGCCAUUUCACCAGUCUGCUUAAUGUCUAGCUGCUUCACUUUGUUGUUGCAGACCUGCAACUGACUGACUACUUCUUUGCUACUGAAAAUUAUAUUAAGGUAAUGAUCUGAGGGAAAAAACUGAGAUUAUUUUUCUUAUUUAUUUAUAGCUCUGUUACAUAUUUAACUGGUUGAACGGACAUGUUGUCUCUAAAGGUUUUUGCAGAAAGUGUAAUCAACCUGCAGUGUCAGUUUUAACAGAGACUUUGAAUGUUAGUGGGCUGUUUUGUAAUUUAAUAACUGCCGUGUUAAGACAGAUGCUGAGUCUGUGAUCAAAACCUCUUUACUACCACUUGUCUUAAAUGCUAAUGUAUUACCAUUGUGUUUAAUGUCAUGUGAUAGUGCAUAUGCUUUGUGUUUUAGAUGUAGCAUCUAAAUAGAAACAUUCCUGUCACAGCUGGAAAUGUUUUAAGUGCGAUUUAUUGUUAUUGUGGAGGAGGAAGAAAUGAUUUACUUCUUCAUAUGUAAUAAAUUUUACAUCAGUUCUUUC